UCAAGUCUAACAGUCUGAACUUCAAAUACAGUACCUGUCUGUGAGAGCAAGAGAACACUUCUGAGAAAAUGUGCAAAGGAUUAGCAGCUUUACCACAGACAUGCCUUGAACGGGCAAAGGAAAUAAAGACCAAGUUGGGCACCUUGCUGCAGAAGCCCGACUCUGCCAUUGACCUUAUCAUCCCAUAUCCAGAGAAGCCAGAAAAACCAAACAAAGCUCAAAAACCAUUACCAGAAGAAGCAGUGCAGUGGCGAGACUCCUUGGAUAAAGUGCUUCAAAACAACUAUGGAUUUGCAGCCUUCAGAAGCUUUCUGAAGUCAGAGUUCAGUGAGGAAAACAUUGAGUUCUGGUUGGCUUGUGAGGACUACAAGAAAAUCAAGUCUACCAUUAAACAAGCUAUCAUGGCAAAGAAAAUCUAUGAAGAGUUCAUUCAAACUGAAGCUCCAAAAGAGGUGAAUAUUGAUCAUUUUACUAAAGAGGUGACACUGAAGAAUCUUGUGGAACCUUCUGCAACCAGCUUUGAUAUGGCCCAGAAGAAAAUUUAUGCACUGAUGGAAAAGGAUUCUUUGCCAAGAUUUUUGCGUUCAGAUCUAUACCAAGAAAUGCUGAAGUAGCGAUGUGAUUCGACUGUGCUGAGGCAUCCUGGAAUUCACUAUACCACACCUUGAAAGAAUGACAGUUCUGCUUCCUGUACUCCACAAGCCACAUUAUCACCAAAUAAUCUGUUAUAUAGAUUUUUAUGCAUCGUGAAAAAUAAAAUAUAAUUUCAUGCACUUACUUAAAUGUAGCUUGUUCCAACCCAUUUAUACAACUACAAGAGCACUUCAGUCUCCCAUGUUAUCUGUAGAAAUGCCACAGACCCUAAUGUGUUAUUAAGUUUGAAUUACAGUAAUCUGUAACAAGAUGGAAAUAUUGAAUUCCUAUAUAAUCUGCUGUUUAGUUAGUUAAAGCCAGGGCUGUAUGGUUUACAUAUAAACCAUCUACAAUGCAGUCCACAAAAACGGGAGUUUUUUAUACCUUCUUUGUUAAACAACAUUUCCUCAACUCACCAGGGAUCAUAAUCCCCACACUGGAUUCCCUGAUAAAACUGGCCAAACAUACACUUUUUAUGUGUUUUUUGAAGGGGGCAAGCCCCCCUAUACCCCUUGAUAUGGGAGUGGGAAGCCUCUCCAUACCCCCAGACAUUUGUAUUUGUUUACCAACUCUAUGUUCGCAACAACUCAAAGAAGGGAGAAAUUACCCUCAAAAAGGGCAUCACUGCUGGCACAACUGGUUGACAGGGAUUUCCUAUGGGGGGGCUCUGGUAGCACAACUCACUGACAUGGAUUUUCUAUGGAGGGCUCUAAUAGCACAACUCACUGACAGGGAUUUCCUAUGGGGACCUCUGAUGGCACAACUCGCUGACAGGGAUUUCCUAUGGGGGGCUCUGAUAGCCCAAUUGGCUAACAGGGAUUUCCUAUGGGGGAGCUCUGAUCCCUGUUGAGUUAAAUGUCAAGUAAAUGAUUCUUGAGAGUUCAGUCUUCAUCCUCCAUAGUUAAACAAAACCAACCAGAGUAUGUGGAUGUUUUUUUACAGCUUAUAUGGGUACUCUAAAAUUAUAUCAAUACAAAUUAUGUUUUUUAAAUAAUUCAUUAAAAAGAUAAAAGAGUCAGAAAAAUAACAUAAUUUGAACAUUAAAUUAAUUUCAACAUGCUGUCUGUAGAGUAAAGAAAGAGUAUAGUUAUUUAAUGUUAAUGUGACAUACAGUGGGUGACCACAAAAUACUUAAAUCCCAUGGAAUAUAAGUAUUUUCUAAACUAGGGUCUACACUCUCUCUGUCGAGUAUUACCCAAACUGAGGGUUGGGUGCUUUAUGCACAUUUUGGUGAAGUUUUGGAACAGCUGGACAUUAAAUGUAUCUCUGUCAAAAUAUAAGUCCAGUUAUAAGAAUGUACUAGAUGAAUAUGUUCUGAGUAGGAAGCAUUUCUAAGUUUUUGAUGAGACAUAUUUGAAGUGCAUUGCUCCAUGUUUUUUCUCACAGGAUAUAUAGUCUCAUGCACACACACACUCACACACACACACACACACACACACACACACACACACACACACACACACACACACACACACACACACACACAUCUCAACCACCAGUAGAGAAACUGCUGUUAACAAUUUCUUGAUUUCUGUAAAGAAAUAUUUAAAUUAUUUUUAAGUCACUCUUUCGGCCCACAUAUUUUUCAAAUUAAUGUUAUGCAUAACUUAUGGCAUGAGAAUGCACUCAGACUUGACAGACUAUAUAAAUUUCACUCCUUAGGAAUAUAAUCGAAUAUUACUUUCUGAACAUUAUUUCUUUUUUAAGCUGCAAAAAAUCACACAUUAAGAUGUUCGAUAAAUUAGAUAAUUUCACAAUGUGUAAACUCGUCUUUUCACUGAGCAGUUAAGAACAAAAAUUCAGCCAUUCUCUCUCAGGCAUAUUAAUUAUCAUUCCUUCAUCUUGGAAGUAAAAGAAAAAUAUGCAGAAAAAGAAUAUGGAACCCAAUUCUACUGAUCACUUAAUCGUCCCUGUGUAAUGAACAAAAGUAAGAGAUAAUCAAAGUAAGGCCUCUUUACUAGUUUGUAACUAAAGUCAUUUUAAUGGCAUUUAAAAACAAAUAAGGUAAACAGCGACAUCUUGGGUAUUUUUUUUGUUCUUUACUGCUUACAUGAGAAUUUAAAGUGCAGACAUUACAAGAGUAAUUGCAUGUUGUAUCAAGCCCCAGAUGAAUAACAAUAAUCUGUCUGAAGGUGCCGCAAAUUAUAUUGAGAAAGUGGGUAGAGAGGGACUUAGCUCCCUUUAUGGGGGGCAGAAUUUGCCCCCCCCCCCUUCACCCAGGGUAAAAAUUCGGAAGCUAUUUCUCAGUGUUUGACUAAAUUUCAACUAUCCAAGCAGUCUUUACAAAAUGUCCCAUUAAAAGAGGAUAUUCCCUUAUCUUUGACCCCACAGGAAAAGAAGACAUUUUGUAGCCUGUAUACCAUAAAAUUACUUAAAUCUGCACUCUGCAGACAUACUCCUCUUAUUUCAUUUUUAAUCAAAAUUAUUAGUGCAAGAUAGCCCUUGGCAAAAAGGAAACGUUAUUUGUUGUUUUAUCCAAACCUCGUGUGAACUGUCUCAUAGUUUUCCCAGAUGUGUAUUGAAUUACUAAAGCUUUACUCUGACCAAAUUAAUUAGCUAAUUAAAACCAAUUUCAAUCAUAACUAGACCAAGUAUAUAUUUCAGAAUAAACUGCAAUAUAAAAUAGACGUAAAAUUUGCUCACUGUAUGCAUGUGAAGCUAAGUAAAAUGCAUACCUAAACAUCAUACAUUAGAAAAUCAUGACUGUUUAUAGUUAUAUUGACCUGCGGAGUAUCCACAAAUACAUAUUUCAACAUUUGGAACUAAUACUGCAGUGUUUUUUUUAAGUUAUACUUAGUUGUUUGUAGUGUUGAAUUGCAAAUGUACACUUUGUACUUUCAGUUUUCACAGCAAUGACUACCCAACUAUUUAGAAUACAUUUACUUGCCUCAGCACAGUCAAAACAUUGUAAGAUGAUUGUUAAAUGGCAACUGUUAAAUGUUAUUCCUUUGUAAUGUGUGCCUUCUUGUUUGCUUUUCACAUAAAACUGCAUGGCAUGGCAUGCUUCUAAAAAUGAGCAUCUAUUUUCUGCAAUGUUUUUAUAAAUACUUUAUAACCACAUAACUGUUUAAAUGGUAUAGAAACAGGAAACUGUGAAGCACUGUGUUCAAUCUCCAGAUGUUUUUGUCAGACUAUGGGUCUUUAAUUAUCUAGAAAACCCAAGGAACUGCAUUCCAGGGUUGAAAGAUUGUCCAUUGAUAUGCAAAAGUGGAUGCUUGGUUUAGCACAGAAAGUGCUACUGCUUUGUUUUUAUAUAAACAGCUAUUCUAA